CUGUUUCGAGGGUGGGGGGAGGGAAUGGGGGCGGUUUCGACGGUAGUUCUGGUAGUGUAGCAGGGGAGGGUGGUGGUUUUGAAGGUGGGGCUUUAGAGGUGAUGCCACUAGUGGUUUGAAUUUUGUUUGUUUGUUUGUUUUUUGGAUUAAUCAUGAUCUAACACGUGUCGGGUAACUUAAAAUAAAAGGUCAUUGACUUUUGUCGACCGAUUUAGGAUUGUUAGAAGAAAGCACAAGUGAAAGUUGAAAUAAUUGCAAACUAAUUGAAAAUUGGGAUUAUUUAAAGUUUGAGAAAAAAAAAAAUGGAAUACGGAGUACCUUGUAAAGAUUAACCAUCUCUUUGUGCUCUAAAACCCUACACCCAACUUUCUCCUCUUAAACCCCAAAACCCUUCUUCGAAACUUAUUUCAUCUUCUCUAACAACAACAAAUAAAAAUGCGCCCUUUUGUUCACCAUGCCUCUAACCAGAUUACUUCUUCAGUUUCUGGUACUUCUGCACCUCAACAGGUUGUUGGAAAUACGGGUAAUUUAUUGCCUAAUAUAAUGCAAAUGCAAUCGCAAAUGGGUUUUGUUAACAACAAUGCUAAUUACAACCCAAAUUUGGGUAAUGGUAAUGCUCAAAUUCCCCCUGGUUUUAUGAAUGUUCCCAAUUUCAAUGGUCAUUUGGGUAAUUCAGCUCAACAAAUUCAAUCUAAUUCUGGGUUUUCACCAAAUAGUUUUGGGCAGAAUUUGAAUGUUUUCGGGUUUCCGGGAAAUGGGCAGUUGGGUAAUUUGGGUCAAGGAAACCUGAAUCAAUUGUUUGGGAAUAAUGGACAGUUUGGGUGGCAAAAUCAAUUACAAAGUAUGAGUCAACUUGGGAAUAUGCCAAUGUUGAAUCCUUCUCAAGUUAAUGCUUUGACUCAGUUAUUAGGUUGUGCUAAUCAAGUUGCUCAGGCUAUGAAUUCGCAAAAUGCCGGUUUUAUUGGUAACCCUAAUCCACAGCUUGGUUUUGGCCAUCCUAAUGGUGGUUUACAGCAGGCUGGUUUCAGUCAACAGCUGCCUGUAGCUCCUCAGCUGCUGCAGAAUGUUUCUGUUCCGCCUUCAAAUCCCGCUGUUUCAUCUCAUCCUCAUGGCCAGUCCCCCAAUUUUCAGGGUAAUCAUGGUCAAAAACAAGGAAUGCAUAUUCCAAACUCAAAUUAUCAUCAAAAUAAGAGUUUUGUAAACCCUAAUAGAGAAGCAUCUAACUGGAGAAAUCAAAAGUCUCAAGAUCGGCAGAUGCAUAAUCCAAAAGGAAAACUAAAGUUUUCUAAGAUGAAUGAAGGAAAAGGCGUUAAAAAUGUUGGUUCUGAUGAUUCUGCAAACCAAUCUCAAGGUGGAAAGAAAAGGUCACUCUCUGUGUUCUACACUGAGAAAGAAAUUCAGCAGUGGCGUGAAGAACGCAAGAAAAAUUUUCCUUCAAAAGGCAAUGUGGAAAAGAAGCUGGCACAAAAGCAAGCAAAUGCUGAUGCUGCAGAUGAAGACGCUAAGUUACGACGUCAGCAACUAAAGGAUGUAUUGGCAAAGCAAGUUGAGUUGGGAUUUGAAGUUCCAGAAAUUCCAUCCCACUAUCUGAUAGAUCCGGAGCACCAGUCUCAUGGGAGGGACAAAUCUAGAAGGCCAUUGAACAAGGGACGCUUCCAAAAUAAUGGGCGAUUCCAGAAUAGAUUCGAUAAAGGGGGAAAAUAUGACAAUAAAGAUCGAUUUACUACAAAGAGAGGCACAGAAGAUGAUGGUUCAUUUAAGAAGCAUGAUCGAUUUGCAAAAAGGCAAAGGGUGGAGAGUGAUAAUGCACCAAAGGCUCAUUUGAGUGUCAAGGAACCUACACUUUUGCAAAAGCUUUUGAGCACUGAUAUAAAGAAAGAUCAGAGUCGUCUAUUGCAGGCUUUUCGUUUUAUGGUCAUCAAUUCUUUCUUCAGGGACUGGCCUGAGAAACCUCUUAAUUUCCCCAAGGUUAUUGUCAAGGAAAUUGGAGUUGAGAGCGAUGCCAUUGAAGAUGAGUCUUCCAUUCUCGAGGGAGAGCUCAGCAAUGAUGAGGACCAAGACACUCGUGAUGGGAAAGAUGGUGAAAAUGAUGUUGUUGACCCUCAAGAAGAGGGAGAAAUCACAGACUAGAAGUAUUUUUGUUGUGACAUUGUAUAUUAUAUGUACUUUUUGUACUCCUGACCACAUUUGACAAUCUCAAUUUAAGGUUUUGUAUUUUUGUGUUUGGUUGACCCAAGCUAAUAUUCAAGGUGAAAUAGAUAUUUGAUUAUAGUUAUAA